AAUAAAGGGUUGUUGUGGCAGUUGGAAUCUCUCAAAAACUCUAAACCCAAGAGAGAAAAAAUGGUUUUUUUUUGGUUCAUGAUAUAAGUGUGAUGUUUUGAUUUUGACACUUUUUAUUACGUUUAUGUUUCGAUAGUUGCAUGUCAUUUAAUUUCUGUAUUAAUUUAGAUUUUCUACUCUUUUGCCUUGCUUUUGCUCUUUGUUGUUGUUAAAAAGGCCUCUUGGAAGCACCCAAAGCUUCUUCUUUUAGAAACCCCUAACCUCCAAAGGGUCUUCUUUUCCCUAAGGAUCCCCCUUUGUUUCAUUUAUAAUGUGUUUUCUCUUGGCUCUUUUGCAGUGAAGAUUGGUGAAAGUUCAUCCUCCAUAUCACGGAGAAGAAAAGAUAAUGAACAAGUGCCCUUCUAUUCAACAAUAGGCUACAAGAAUGACUUAGAGCCUUAUUCAUACUUGGUUGACAUAGAACCUUUUGAGAACAAAGAAAAGCGUCUGGAUUUGGUUGGACUAAAAGCCGAAGGAAAAUCAGAACGGAGUCUUGCAUGAGCGUAAAUGACUUUUCCUUUGAUAACGAAACGGAGGUCACAGAUUUCGUGAGAUCAAACUCUCAUUUCUCAAAGAAUAUGGAUUCAAUUCAGGACUCGGUUUUUUAUUUAAAUAGAAGUGUGAUGGAGUCUAAUUUGCCUGAAUUGGUAGUUUGUUAUAAAGAGAGUACAUAUCAUGUUGUCAAGGAUAUCUGUAUUGAUGAUGGAGUCUUGACAAAGGACAAGUUUUUGUUUGACAGUGGUGCGAAUGAGAAGUUUUUGCCUUCCGAAAUGGAUCUAGAAGCUCAACUAGUGAAAGAAAACUUGAAAGCCCAUCCUGAAGGAAAUCAAUCUGGCAAGGAUAUUGACGAUAAAUGCAGCACGAAGAAAAAACUUGAUGCUGAUACAUGUAUACAAGAUGUUUCCUUACUAGAAGAAAGUGAGUCUAACAAGGGAAUUCCAUAUCAAUGUGAUUCUAAGGAUUUGAUUUUAUCAAGGGAAAUGAAGGAAGAUGCAGUGAAAAUGAUUACAGAAGACGUCUCCAAAAAGUUGUAUACCCUUGGACUUGGAGAGUUACUUUUGAUGUCAGAAAUGAGCACAGUGAAAGCUGAAAUUGUGUGUUCCGAUUGCAGAAGUGAUGGAACCCAACAACAGAAUUUUCAGAACUUGAGCGAAAAGGAAGCGACAGUGAUGCCUGCUUUGGUUUCUCCAGUUGAGGAAUCAAACAAUGGCAAUGAGGAGGCAAUUCUCUCAGCUCCUGCCUUGGUUUCUGCAGCUGAAGAAUCCGAGCAUGGGAAAUGGGAAGCUACCUUGAUCAGUCCUGUUCUGGCCUCUGCUUCUGAGGAAUCAACCGGCAGCAGAAUUGUCGAUGAGGUAUCUGAUUCCUCUGCACAAACAAGCAGCAAAGAUCGUUGUUGCCACAAUCUUGAUCUUGAACCUCUUGCAAGUGGAAGUACGCCCAAGGUGGAAGAUCCAGCUGAUCAGCUUUUGUCGAGCAAUCUUCAACGCGGCUAUGGAGAGUGUAGUUUCUCUGCUGCAGGUCUAAUAACUUACUCUGGGCCAAUAGCAUAUUCAGGCAGUCUCUCUCAUAGAUCAGAUAGCAGCACAACAAGCACUCGUUCUUUUGCCUUCCCUAUAUUGCAAUCUGAAUGGAAUAGCAGCCCGGUAAGAAUGGCAAAAGCUGAGAGGAGACAUUACAGGAAGCACCGAGGUUGGAGACAGGGCUUCCUUUGCUGUAGAUUCUGAAUACUUCUCUAUUCAAUCCAUAGGUUAUACAAAUAUAUUAUUUUGCGCUUAUCAAAAUUAUAUUUUGGGUUGGGGGGGGGGGUGAUCUCAUGCAUGUAAAUUGAGCUGUAAGCAAUGUCUUAUCAUUUUCAUAUACCAUUGGAGCAUCUGGUUUUGGUUUUUUCAAUUUGUUCAUAGUAUCAUCUUUUAUCGUCAGAUAAAGAGUGUUCAUUGUUCGUAUUCUUUUUCCUACUAUUUACCCAGAAUAUUUUUUGUCCAUAAUCUCAGCCCAUACGCUAAAUUCAUUCAGUUCCGAGAACAUAUUGCAUCGUUCAUGUUAUUGAA